AUGCAAAGAAGAUGCAGGGACAAGAUGUUUCUUGAAGUGGCGUCUAAUUUCAAAUGCAACAUUUCAAAUAGCUCAACGAAUAUCGCCAAAGAAACAAACUGUUCUGUAACAUUUGCAACAUACUGCGUCUGCGAGCUACCGUUAUCUGCAGUUGCUGUUGUCGCAGUUUCCUGGAAGGAAAAGAAAAGUGAGUGUGAGAUAAGUUCACACAUGGAGAUGGAGGAAGACAAAAGAGAAAGAGGUCAGGAGAGGAAGAUGGGAAAGUCUCUUCAAAGCCACGGACAAAUGGGACACACACAGAUGAAUAAAGAGGACGAUAACAAGAAGAAGAUGGACGAGGAGCUGGUGCACCUUCGGAGGGAGAUUGGGCUGCUGCCUGCUGUAUCUUUCAUCAUGGGAACGGUGGUGGGCAGUGGGAUCUUCAUUGCACCGAAGGGAGUCCUAAUGAACAGUGGCAGCGUGGAGCUGUCACUUCUAGUGUGGGGACUGUGUGGGGUCCUCUCUUUGUUUGGGGCACUGUGCUAUGCUGAACUAGGCACCACCUUUACAAAAUCAGGGGGUCACUUCACGUAUCUAUUGGAGACAUUAGGACCCCUUCCUGCUUUCCUCCGACUCUGGGUUGAGUUCUUAUUUAUCAGACCAGCUGCGACUUCCCUUGUGUCCUUGGCCUUCGGUCGUUAUGUGGUGGAGCCAUUCUUCGCACCAUGUGCUGCUCCGACAAUGCUAAUCAAACUUGUGAGCAUCCUUGGAGUGACAUUUCUUGUGGCAGUCAACUGCUGGAGUGUGCGCAUGGCAUCUCACAUCCAGGUCUCUUUGACUUUCAUUAAGAUGUUUGCUUUAGUCCUCAUCAUCAUCCCUGGCAUCAUUGCUUUGGUCAAAGGAAAGACUGAAAACUUCCAGAAUGGUUUUGAGUUUGAAUCAUUAACAUUAGACAGGCUGCCACUCGCCAUCUAUAAUGGCCUAUAUGCCUACAGUGGAUGGUUUUAUUUGAACUUUGUCACAGAAGAGGUCAAAAAUCCAAACAGAAACAUCCCACUGGCAAUAAUCUUGUCUAUGGUGACCGUGACAGUCUUAUAUGUGCUUGUUAAUGUGGCCUACUACACUAUGUUGGCUCCCACUGAGCUGCUGCUGUCUGAUGCUGUGGCUGUGACAUUCGCCACCUGUGCUCUUCAGGGAUUGGAUUCUGUAAUUCCAGUACUUGUGGCCUUAUCUUGCCUCGGAACACUUAAUGGUGGCAUCUUUGUGUCACCAAGGAUGCUUUUCGUUGGAGCCAGAGAGGGCUACUGGCCACAGAUCUUUUCCACAAUCCAUAUCCGCAGACACACACCUUUACCUGCUUUGCUGUUAAUGUACCCACUGAUGGUGAUCAUGUUAAUCAGUGGAGAUAUUUCCCAGCUCAUCAGCCUUACCUCCUUUUCUCGUUGGUUCUUCAUUGCCUUGGCAACCUUGGGGAUGCUCAUCCAUCGAUAUCGUUUCCCCCUCCACCCUAGACCUUUUAAGGUGCCGUUGGUCGUCGCAGUCACCUUCACAGCGGUGUCUUUCUUCAUUGUGGGUCUCUCUCUUUACUCGGACCUUUGGAACACAGGAUGUAGUUGUGUAGUUACAUUGUCUGGGGUUCCAGUUUACUACAUGACCGUCUACCACUUUUGCUUGCCCCUCACAUGGAGGCGAAUCUUCAAUUAUUGCAGCAAGCAGCUGCAGAUCCUUCUUGAAGUGGCUCAACAGGAAGUCAAGACAUGCUGAAGACCUGCUUUCUAAUAUACUUCCUGGAUAGCAUCUUGACAGGUUCUAAAAUUUUUGGAAUAGCAAAGGGAGAAAUUAAACAAAAAGAAAAUCCUCUGGUUGAGAAAUUUUAGUUAGAACACUGAAAGUGGUCGUUUUUUUCUCAAGGUGACUGCUGAUGGGCUCCUGAAGCUGCCAAGAUCUGUAGGAGCCAUAAAACAUUGUUCUAUCCGAAGGCUGUGUUUUAUUCCUGUCAUGGUUCCUUUAGAUCUUUUUUUUUUUUUAAAGAACUAUUGGUUAUUUCAUGUUUUUCUUUUGCUGUCACUGAAUAUUUUAGAAUGUUUUUCUUUUUAACCCCCCUUUUUGUUUAUUUUUUAAAUAAAUCUUGCUUUUUUUUCUCUUCUAUAUUCACCUACAUAUUCAUAUUCUGUGUCUGCAUUGAAUAAACACAAUAUGUUCACGUCUUCAA